AGUACGACUCCCAAGCGAAUAACACAAGAGUGUCUACGGCUGUGUCCUGUCUCAGAAAUCACCGACGAUGCGAUCCCUGGCGCUCACCCUCGUCGCCCUCGUGGCCUGCACGCACGCCGCUCUUCUCGACGGCCUGGAGCACCACCAUGACCACGACCACGACCACGACCAUCACCACAAGCACCACGACUUCGAGCUCGCGACGGGAGAGGAGAGUAAGAUCGCCAAUGCAAGGAUCAACGAACUCUUCGAAGGACUCACCAGGUCGGAAGUCAGCAGGACGCCCGUGGACAUGCCUACGAUGACUGAAAUCCCAAUUGAUAUCACAUUCUCAUGCGCAGGGAAGCUACCCGGUUAUUACGCUGAUGUUCAGUAUGACUGUCAGCUCUACCACGUCUGCGAAACCCUCGACAUGACCUCGUACCUGUGUCCCAACGGCACGAUCUUCAACCAGGAGAUCUUCACUUGCGAUUGGUGGUUCAGCGUAGAUUGCUCCGCGGCCCCGAACUUCUACCACUUGAACGAAGAGAUUUACAAGGACCCCGAGGUGGAAGAGACCGCCGAGGGCCAAGAGCAGCAGAGGGCCAAGAGCGCUACAGCAGAAGGGCGACCCGAGCAGACCUUCAGUUUCGGUAAGGCUCGUGUCGAGGACCCCUUCGCUGCCAUAUUUCAGGGCCUUUCCGUGCCCGACGAGACGCCCGAGAGUAGCGCCAAGGUGGAAUCCGUGGCCGCCCCUGAGCGGGCGUCCUUCUUCAUCCCGGUUCCCGCGUCCGCUCAGAACCGGGAGAGAACCGCGAGCCAGAUCAGCGACUACCUGCCACCUACACAGGACUACCUUCCCCCCUCCAAUGACUACUUGCCGCCUACCCAGGAUUACCUCCCCCCACCCGGAGACUACCUUCCUCCCUCGUCCUUCUGAGAGGGAGGUCGUUAGUGUGCUCAGCUCGGCGUUUCUCGCAUCCGAUUCUCUGAACCGGGUCCGAGGAACUGUCGUAGUUUUAGGGUUUAAGAAUACCAUUGUUCUAGGUUAUUUUGCAUCUAUCCCUCAUCCAUUUCGCUUCAAGCAAACUUUGAAAAAUGUUCAAAAAAUAAUAUUGAUAUGGCCACUCCUUUGACUUUCGUAAAUCGUGAAUUUGUGUAGGAUCGAACUUUUGUAUAACUUUCAACGAUAGACUUCUAUGUAUUUAUAAACACAAGUAAAUACAACGUGUACAUAUUUUAAACCAAUUCAACAAAGAGUAAAAUUCUCUCUGUAUAAAAUCACUUCUAUGUAGUGUUGAAUAAAUAAUUUACGUACGCCGAGGAGUGUCUAGAAAAUGUAAACAUGAAAUACACCCAUAACUCAUCAGAAAAA